AUGUCUACCAUGGAAAGUUUGACGGUCGACGUUCUUGUGUGCGGAGGUGGCAUGUCGGGCCUGACUUGCGCCUCGUUUGCUGCGCGCGCCGGCGCCAAGGUGCUGGUCGUCGAAAAGCAGAAUGUCAUCGGCGGCUCGUCCAAUUACUCGGCCGGCAUGUUCUGGGCCCCCAGAAAUUACGACAAUCUGCGUGCGUGGGUGCCAUACGGCGACCCGACGCUGCAAAAGGCGUUUCUCGACGACUACCUCCCGGCCGUGCAGUGGAUGCGCGACAACAAUGUACCGACGGCGCCGCGCUUUGACGGCAUCAUGACCAUUGGCAUUGGCUUUCCCAUAACCAUCGGUGCUCUCCAGGGCAUACAGCGCGGCUGGAUCGAGUCCAACAACUCACAUAUUUGGACAGGCGCGUCAGUCGUCAAACUCGCCCAAGAGACGCCCGGUGUGGUUGGGUCGCGCGUCACGGGGGCUGUCGUGCUUCGUGGCGGCCGGCUUUACAACGUCACAGCCAAAACGGUCGUUCUCGCAACCGGUGGUUUCCAGGGCUCGCCCUCGCUGACAUCCCGCUACCUCGGCCCCGGCGCCGACAACAUUUUCGUGCGCGCCAACAAGGGGUCCGUGGGUGACGGACUGCGUCUGGCUGAGGGUGUGGGCGCCGGCACCAGCCGCGGCAUGGACACCUACUACGGCCACCUCUUGGCAGCGCCCCUGCGCGCCGAGAACGUCGACCCCAAAGAUUAUUUGCCGCUGGCGCAGUACCAGAGCAAACACUGCUUGCUGGUCAACGAGGCAGGCCGCCGCUUCGCUGACGAGACCACCGGCGACGAGAUCAUCAACCAGUACCUGGCCCGCCAAGAAAAGCGUCGCGGCUUUUUGCUCUUCAACGAAAAGACACGCUUGCAGCACUGCGUCCGUGCCCUCUUCCCCAACGCUGGCGACAUUGACCGACUGCAAAAGGCCAAGGCGCACGGCUGCCGCGUCGAGAGCGCGCCCACGCUCGAUGGUUUAGUGGGUAUUCUGCACAACUGGGGCGUCGACGGCGUCCAGGCGCGCCACACGAUUGACGACUACGACCGCGUCGUGCGUUUGGGUGACAAAACUGUUGUGCUCGAUGCCCCAGUUGGUGGAGGUGCCAAGCAUGGUGCUGCUCCGCCCCCGGCCCUCGUCGACGGCGACGGGCCGUUCUUUGCCAUGGAGGUUCAGCCGAGCAUCACCUUUACGUACGGUGGCAUCGCCAUUGACGCCGAGGGCCACGCACUGACUGCCGACAAGAUCCGCAUUCCCGGCUUGCAUGUCGCCGGCGUCGAUGCCGGUGGCUUUAGCAACACGGGUUACACCGGCGGAUUGUCGCUGGCCUUUGUAACCGGUUUGUGGGCCGCACGCCGGGUUGCCAGGGAGCUUAAUUUGCCAGAGCCGAAACUGCCAGCUCCCCAUCCGAGCGAUGUCAAGGUUACGACCACGGAGGCAAAAUUAUAG